AUGUCCUAUUUACAAAAAUAAAUAAAUUCCGAAAUACUUACAGAUUCUUCCGUCGAACCCUCCGGCGUGUGAACGUUGUCGUCGUCCAUCGUAAAACAUCACUCCGCACACUUUCCUUUUCUGGCCCGGGAUUUUUAAAUUCCUCGGGAUUACCGUACAAUGGUGGAACCGGGAUUUUUAAUGCUCGGGAUUUUUUUAACACAAGUGGUGGGUCGGUAAUGUUUUUAAUGUUGUCGGUAACUAAAUUUACCCAUGGUGGACCCUUAAAUAGAUAAAAUACCCACAAGGGCAAAAAUGUUAUUUCAAGUAAAAAUGUGAACGUCACCCAGUAAUUUGCGAACGACGAAUAGCAGUUCAGAAAAAAAAAGGUGUAUUUAUCCUUAUCCUUAUACUUAUCAUCUCUCGUUAAAUCUCUUAUCCAUAUCCCUCAUAUUAACUGCCCCAUAAACAUUUACCGCAUUACAUGGAGUUUCUCAGUUAAAAUAUCAGCUGUGCCGAAUUCCACUCAAAAACAAACAAACAGAAAAUCAACAUUCAAUUUACCCACCAGAAAAUGUCAUCUUCUCCCAUCUCCAACAAAAAGGCAGCAGUAUGCGUAACAGGAGCAAACGGUUUCAUUGGCACAUACCUUGUGAAGAGCCUCAUUGAAUCCGGCUACACAACCAUCAACUGCUCCAUCUUCCCCAACUCUUCUUCCUCUCACCUUCUAUAUCUCCUCCCUUCCUCUAUUCCUCCUCCCACCAUACAAAUAUUCGAAGCCGAUAUCGUCGACUACGACGCUGUUUCGAGGGCUGUUGAAGGAUGCCAUGGGGUCUUCCACGUGGCAUCCCCUUGUACUUUGGAGGAUCCUGAGGACCCACAGUCUGAGCUUGUGGACCCUGCUGUUAAGGGUACUCUUAAUGUUCUAGAAGCUUCUAAGAAACAUGGGGUGAAAAGGGUGGUGCUUACUUCUUCUAUUUCUGCUAUGGUUCCUAAUCCUGCUUGGUCUUCUUCUUUGCCUUUUGAUGAGUCUUCUUGGACUGAUCUUCACUAUUGCCGUUCUCAUCAGAAAUGGUACUCAAUAUCUAAAACACUGGCAGAAAAGGCUGCCUGGGAAUUCUCAGAAAAGCAUGGUCUAGAUGUGGUGGCUAUUAAUCCAGCUACGUGUCUUGGCAAGCUGCUGCAGCCAGGCUUGAAUGCGAGCUGUGCUGUUCUGCAACAGCUGCUUCAGGGAUCGGAAGAGACUCAGGAGUAUCACUGGUUAGGAGCAGUGCACGUUAAAGAUGUGGCAAGAGCUCAAGUCCUGUUGUUUGAGACCCCUGCUGCUUCUGGCAGGUACCUUUGCACUAAUGGUAUCUACCAGUUUGGUGAUUUUGCCGCUAAAGUCUCUGCACUCUUCCCUGGGUACCCGAUUUACAGGUUUACUGAAGAAACCCAACCAGGUCUGGUGGCAUGCAGAGAUGCAGCCAAGAGAUUGAUCAAUCUUGGCCUAGUUUUUACACCACUCAAAGAAGCAAUACAGGAGACAGUAGACAGCUUGAAGGCCAAAGGUCUCUUGGAUAUACAAAAAGCAGAAUCAUAGUUGCAGUUAAAAAUUUAACCUCUUCCUGUAUUUUGAUGCAGUUAGAAGCAACACGGAAGACAAUAAUAGUGGGCUUGAUGGCCUAGGAUUCAAGGAUAAACAAACUCCAAGCUCAUAGUCUCAUAGAUGCUCCAGAGAAGUAAAGUCUCCGUAGUUUUAGAAACAGUCAACUAAAAUAAUCAACUCGUAUGAGUCUUAGUCUUCCCGUCUAUUUUCUGUUACUAUCCUAAGAAUAAUAAAUUUCUUUUUCGCUAAUAAUUAGUUUGAUCUGUUUCAUUGCGAUUCAUAAUCAUCCUGUACUAAUGAUUUGUUAAUGAAAAGCUACUGACAUUACUAAUAAAAAUUGUAUUUAGCGAUAA